AUGCGGCCUUCAAAAAUUCACAAGCCACGAUUCUUGUAUUGGCUCACUCCCAGGAGGGCUGUCACCUGUUGUGUUGCAUUGGCUUUGUCCCAAGUUAUUUUCCUACUCUUCCGAGAUCCAAUCAUCGUAUUUCAGGGGCUCAAUACGCCUCCACGUCAGACGAGUCAGAAACUUGCCAUCCUGAGGGAUGCGUACUCGUCCAAUGCUGUCAAUUCAAGUGUCGGUCUUAUUCUCGCAUCUAUUCGUACUGACGAUUUGACUUGGCUGCUGGAUUAUUGCCGCGAAAGUGGCUACACACCUUUCGUUUAUUCGACCGAGAAAAACCCUGAGCCUGGAUUAUUAGUCCCUUCCACCCGCCGUGGCCGAGAAACGGCGGCCUACCUUUCCUUUAUCAUUGACUUUUACGACCGCCUCCCUGAUUAUUCGGUCUUCAUACACGCAUUUCCAGAGCAAUGGCAUAAUGAUUUGUUUGGACCUUUCACCCACAACACCCUGCGAAAUAUCCGUUUCGAGUCAGUUGAUGCUUACGGAUACGUCAAUCUUCGGUGUCAACACGACCCAGGCUGUCCAACCGCUGUGUUUCCCCGCAAUCCUACUCAGAUUGAUAUAACCAAUCACGAUAUCCGCGCAUACUUCCCAGACGCGUACCGACAAAUUUUCAACGUGCCUGAUGACGAGGUACCCAUCGAAAUUGGAAAUGUGUGUUGUGGACAAUUUGCUGUAAGUCGAGAGCGAAUCCGAGCGCGACCAAGGAAAGAUUAUGAACGGAUGCUGGAAUGGGCGGCGACCACGACUUUGACAGAUGAUUUCGGGGUUGGCUGGGUAAUGGAAAAGUUGUGGCAUAUAGUUUUUGGGAUGAAUGCAGUCCAUUGUCCUCGAUUUGAGCAAUGUCGUUGCGACACAUACGGAUGGUGUGGGCCCUUGCCCUCAGGUGAAACGUUGCAAGCAGUUGAGAGCAGCGACACCAGAGAGGGUUUCGACAUAUGGGAGAAAGGCAGUGGCUCAUACAUAUAG